GUGAAUAAAUGUGGGACACAAGCUCCAGUGUGGCUGUCACUGAAGUCUGAAUCCCUACCUGUUCCUGGGGAGAGCAAGAGGCUCACAGCCUGUGCUACUUGGCAGGUCUUCUUCGGGGGCACCAAGGACUGCUGCUUUUUUCGGAUACCCAUCGCUGUCCGGAACUGUGGUGAAUUCUUUGUGUAUCUCCUGCAGCCUACUCAAGGAUGCAUGGGCUACUGUGCAGAAGACAAGCUCAUAAGACUGGCUUUGCAACCAGUGAUAACUCCUGAGCUCGUGCAAGGUCGUGUCCACCUCAAGUGCACUUACAGCCACUCCUCCUCCAAACCACCACUGCAGUAUGUGGUGGUUUGGUCACACAUCUCCACCCCUGGCAAGAGAGAGCAGAUCCAUCGUGAGACCACCCUGCAGUUGUUUUCCUACAUCGAGAUGGAUGGCACAAAUCUCAGAUUGGGAGACACGUUUUUACCAGAAUCACUACAAAUUGCAGAGGAUGGCAAAGAACAUGUUUUGACUGUUCUGAGCACAGUGCCCAUUGCCUGUCCUGGGAAGGAAGAUUCCUGUAAAAUUACUUUGCAGCUAAGUACUGAGGAUUUGGGGUAUGGGCAAGUGUUUGGAGAACUCUUGUCAGAAUCCAUGUUCAUGUUCAUUUUAGACAGCCACUUACUGGGGCCCCCAAACAUCGCCCUCUCCACAUGCCAGGUGGAUCUCCUGCAGGCAUCCUGCUCGGACAGCAGCUGUGCAGCAGCCACAGUGACAGUGACAGCAGUGACAGACUUUGCCCAGGAUGGGAACCGCAUCAGCCACAUCAGAGCUGAGCCAGUGGGACAGAGGGAUUUGCUUUGGAGAACUUACACAUCCAAGGACGUGAAGGUCACAGUUCGAGACCUCCCAACAGGGAACUGCUACUCUUUCACUGAUCCACACAUUAUCACUUUUGAUGGAUGGCGUUAUGACAACUAUAAAAUUGGGACUUUCCUCCUGUGUCGAAGCUUAUCACGGACGUUUGAAGUUCAUGUCAGGCAGUGGGAUUGUGGAGGUCAUCGCUCUGCCACUGCCUGCAAUUGUGGUGUGGCUGCACAAGAAGGGGGUGAUACUGUGGUGCUGGACACCUGCAACAGUCACUUUCAUGAGAGCAGACCCCAGCUAACCAUCAAAAGCACUGAGGCAUCGCCACGUGUCAAAAUCCUAAAGUCCUACGGAGGCAGGAAAAUAACAAUCCUGUUCCCUUCGGGUGCAUUUGUUCGAGCUGACAUGAGCAAGUGGGGAAUGGGUGUGACAGUGAGGACACCAAGCAGUGACUUCAACAGCACCAGAGGUUUGUGUGGCCUCUUUGACGGGAUCGGUCACAACGACCUGAGCAAUGUGCCUGAGGAAGACUUCAUAGAGGAGUGGAG